AUGGACCCCUCAAUCAUGGAAAAGCAAUGGGACGAACUCCCCGACCCCAAACGCGUCUGGGUAGGCCAACCAGGCAGUCGAGAAGAAGGUCUCGGCCGCCUCGUCCUACUGACGCCAGAGCGGGUGGCUUCAGCCGCACAGACACAGAUCAAGACUGGGAUCCGCGUCAAUCUCGGUUGGGAUCUGAAUAAGCUUGAGUUUGCGUGCUUUAACCGGCAGCCGUGCGAGCUUAAGAUGGUGCCGCUUCUUGGUGGUGUUGCUUUUGAUGAUAUUUACGUUAUGAAUCCUCGUCGCGGAGUUCUUAUCGACUACGCUUCAUGGGCUGAGAAAAAGGGCAUCACCUACUCAACCUUCUCUCUACACACCAUCAAGCUCAGCGACAUCCACCAGAUUGCCAAAGAAUGCAACAUCACCUUCCAGCGCGGCGACAUUCUUCUUGUACGCAUCGGCGUGAUCAAAGAAUGGGAACAUGUCAUGGAUGUAGAUGCCAAGAAGGCAUACGCUGCUUCGACAAGUCCUCAACAUGCAGGUGUCGAAGGAACAAUGGAUGUUCUCAAGUGGAUAUGGAACACGGGCUUUGCAGCUGUGGCGGGCGAUGCUAUUAGCUGGGAGGUGUAUCCGCCAAGUGAGGGGGGUGUUUUGAUGCAUGAGUAUAUGUUGGCUGGAUGGGGGACGCCGAUUGGUGAAUUGUUCGAUCUGGAGAGAUUGGCCGAGACAUGCAAGAAAUUGAACCGCUGGACGUUCUUCAUGUCAUCUUCGCCGUUCAACAUGAAGGGCGGUAUUUCCUCGCCACCAAAUGCACAAGCAAUCUUCUAG